AUGGGGCAAACAGUGAAUGAAGAUGCGAUGAAUGUCAAGAAGGAGAAUCAAGAGAAAACUCUUAGCUCAAGCACAUCUUCUGUGCAAACUGAUGAUUUCAUUUGGGACAAUUACUUGAAAGAGACUGGAUCAAUAAUUGCUCCUUCAUAGUGUUUCAGACAGUCUGAGAUUCCACCAACUAAUGACUUCAAAGUUGGUAUGAAAUUGGAGGCCCAUGACCCUCGCAAUAUUACUUCAGUAUGUAUUGCUACAGUUGUUGGGAUUACUGGUGCCAGAUUACGUUUGAGACUGGACGGGAGUGACAAUCAAAAUGAUUUUUGGAGACUUGUCGAUUCCCCAGACAUACAGCCUAUUGGAACAUGUGAAAAGGAAGGGGAUUUACUUCAACCUCCCCUGGGGUACCAGAUGAAUGUGUCAUCUUGGCCAAUGUUUCUUUUACAAACCCUAAGUGGAUCUGAGAUGGCACCUGCAGCAUUGUUUAAGCAGGAACCACCAACGCCAGCCCUGAAUAAUUUUAAAGUGGGAAUGAAACUCGAAGCUGUAGAUAGAAAGAACCCUUAUCUGAUCUGCCCUGCAACUAUUGGAGAUGUUAAAGGAGAUGCAGUUCAUAUCACAUUUGAUGGCUGGAGUGGAGCUUUUGAUUAUUGGUGCAAGUACGAUUCUCGAGAUAUUUUCCCAGUUGGGUGGUGUCAACUGACAGGAGAUAUAUUGCAUCCACCAGGCAAUAAUGUUCCCAUUACCAAGAGUGUAGCAAAAUCACCAUCUUCUUCUUCCAAAGGCACCCGGAGUUCAAUGCAGUCUCCACAGAAAGCUGCUCUAUUAUCACCAACAAGCCGGAUUAAACCACCUGGACUUACUUCAGUCCCCAAGAAAGGCAGUUCUCUUAAAAAUCCCACAGCAAUGAAAAAAGGCCUAAACUCAGGAAAAAAGGAAAAAAUUCUUCCUGCUCUGUGUUCUACAUCUACAGCUUCUUUAUCUUCGCUGACCAGAGGCCGUGGCAUUCCAUAUGAUGCCAUUCCUGGGUCAACUAAAAUAGUGAUGUCUACAGCGAAAGAAGACAUACCAGGAAAGAAAAGCACCAAACGAUCUCCUCAGCAACCUCUAUCUUGUGUUGUUCUUCUCUCUCCUAAGUUUCCCAAAACAGAGGUGCAUGCCUCUAAAGAAGUACUAUUGUCUCCUGAGGAAAGGGGCAUGCCCAAAGAGAAAAAGCUUCCUGAAGAAUCCAAGAACUCGCCGCAAAAUUCAGGAAAUUGUUUGAGUCCUGAUUGUAGAAAUCUUGUAAGCAUUCAUACCUCAAACUCCAGGAAUUCUUCUCAGCCUGUGUCAGGCACCUCAAGCUCAGCACUAGUUGGGAACAUAUCGCCUGCCAAGAGUAGUCACCGUGAAGUUAACAAGAUCCAAAUUCAUAAGAAAAGUGAAGCUACAGUUUAUGCAGCUGCACCUGUCCCCAGUGCCCUGAGACAGGGCUUCUCUAAGGACCCUUCAAGCUGGUCUGUGGAUGAAGUAAUACAUUUUAUGAAACACGCAGAUCCUCAAACAUCAGCCUCCGUUGCUGAUCUCUUCCGACAUGAAAUUGAUGGGAAGGCUCUGCUAUUACUGAAGACUGACGUGAUGAUGAAAUAUAUGGGCCUGAAGCUGAGGCCAGCAUUAAAGCUAUGUCACUACGUUGAAAAACUUAAAGAAGGAAAAUACAAUUUUUAAAAUGUUUGCAUUGGUUUAGAUUGGACAUAAUCCUCAGGCAUACUGAUAAAUUUUUAAUUUAAAAGUGUUUUUCUGCCCUUAGCAGUUUUUUGUUUUGUAGAAAAUUACCCUAAAAAUGUUACACCCAGAAUUGCAGAACUACGUUAAAAUCCAGUUUACUACUUUAAAAACUAUUUAAUGUUAGAAUUAGCAUAUUCAAACUAGCAGUUUGUUCUAUGUCUUUUUAAUUGUAGAGUUUACAAGGAUACUUCAUGCAGGAAAUAGACAAAAACCUCUGAUUCUGGUUUAGCAUUAUGUGUAAAACCAAAACAGCUAAUUCCCAAAGGGGAAAAGUAUCAGGGAUUGAAAACCUCUAUAAUUAAAUCCAUGAGAAUUUGUCCAUAGAAG